UGCUCCGGAGUGGACGGUCCGCUAGUCGGUUCUAGCCGUCGAGUGCAACGGUUGUUUGUACGUCCCGAAAAACCGGAUCCAGCAGGAUAGAGCGUGAAGGAUAACGAGUGCAGGAACGACGACGAUGGAUCGCCUAAGAUGUCUUCUAGUGGUGAGUGUGCUGUGCAUGGCAGCGGUAGCCGUCAGUGGUGUCCGCAAGCUGGAGUGCAGUGAGCAUCGGGACCAGGAGUGCGAAAUAUCCAACUUUACCAUCGUCGAGUCGAUGGACCUGUCCGAGUACGAGUUCCCGGACCAUCCGCAUCUGUCGUUCGGUACCUAUCCGCACUCGGACGACUCGACGUACGUCGUGACGAUCACCAAGGAGCUGGCCGACAUACUGCAGGCGACCGAGAAGCUCGAGAUCCAGAACGUUUCCCUCCAGACGAUGGUCCUGUGGAACAAUCUGCGUAUCCUCGAUGCCUCCCACAACAGUUUCUACGAGCUGGUGGUCGAACCGGGCCAAAACUAUCAGCUGCGCGAGCUUAACCUCAGCUACAAUCGUUUCCAGUCGAUCGAUUUCGUGCUAGCGCUCCCAUCCCUGCGUACCAUCGAUCUUCGCCAUAACUAUCUGGAAUCGCUCGAUAUGUCACUGUUCAGUAUGGCGACCGAGCUGUGGAAGAUCAAUCUGGCCAACAACCGCAUCCAGAGUAUCGCGACCGAUGGUACGAUGUAUCUGCCGCGCCUCUCGAAUCUGCUGCUGAACGACAAUCUGCUGAGUGUGCUCGAUGCGAGCGAGUGGCACUUUAAUAUGCUCCAGGAGCUUAACCUUGCCCGGAAUCGGCUCCGGUAUUUGAGUAUGUGCGAGGUGAACCACUCGUUCCCGCACCUUCAGACGGUCUAUCUGGAUGAGAACCGGUGGGAUUGUGCGCACCUUAACGCGACCAUACGUCAGCUGCACGCGCUUUCGAUCAAACCGAUGCGCCACUACGAUCAGGAUGAUGAGGAACGUUGUGGUCGCAACGUGGAGGGUAUUUGCUGCUACUGAUCACCGGCACAACCGCCGGAAAGUGCACGGGGAUCGGACUCGGUAUUUGUGAGCCGGCGAGUGGUAGUGUGUCAAUAAAUCAAUUGUGUAAUGCG